AGAGACCAGUGACAUAAAAUGAUGGAUCAAAAGGAUUAAUUUUGCUUAAGGAAGCAUUUUGGGUUUUGAGUCUCAUUGGACUCAGUUUUCAGCAGGAUGUUUGUUGUGCUCAAGGGCUCAAAUUUGGAAAUUCCAUUACAGGCAUGUAAUGUCAGUUCAGAUGAACUUAAUUGAAACAGGACACUUGAUGAAGACCUGCUGCACUUAUAAUUUAAAAUUUAGAAAUGGGUAGUGAGAGUAGAUAAUGGGAAGGAUUUUUGCCUCUGAAAUUAGCUCAGUGUAUUAAUUCAGAAAAGCAGUCAGUUGCAUCUGAUGGUGUGCCUUAGUAAUCUGAACCAUCUGCUCCUCUGUACUGAGUCCGUCUCUAAUCCAGCUUACCGCCACAAACCACUCUUCUCUGUCCUUGUGCCCUUGAGCGGACGAGACUGUGCAAAGACCGCUCUUAAGGGUGUUGCUGUCACCGAGGGUAUUUGGAGGUUUUGUCUUUUUUUUUUCCUUAGGUUUUGUCUUGACUUUUGGGUUUAUUUUUCUGGGGCAGAAACAAUGGCUUUCUUUAUGAAAACUAUGAUAAGUAACCAGGUAAAGAAUUUAGGACUUGGUGGCGGGUCUGAAGAAAAAAAAGAAGAGGGAGGUGCGUCUGACCCUGCAGCAGCGCAGGGGAUGACUAGGGAGGAGUACGAGGAGUAUCAGAAGCAAGUGAUCGAGGAGAAGAUGGAAAGAGAUGCUGCAUUUACACAAAAAAAGGCAGAGAGGGCAUGCCUCAGAGUUCAUCUCAGAGAAAAGUACAGACUCCCAAAGAGUGAAAUGGAUGAGAACCAAAUCCACCUGGCUGGGGACGAUGUGGAUUUGCCCGAAGAUCUCCAGAAAAUGGUAGAUGAAGAUCAAGAAGAAGAAGAAGAUAAGGAUUCUAUUCUUGGGCAAUUACAGAAUCUUCAGAACAUGGACUUGGAUACCAUAAAAGAAAAAGCCCAGGCCACCUUCACAGAAAUCAGGCAGACAGCGGAGCAGAAGUGCUCUGUGAUGUGAGGGACAGGGCAAGCAUGGUGGAGGGAACCAGGUCAAGGCGGAGGUGCCCUCUCUCCUUCGGGGCGCUUCGAGAAGAUAUACAUUAACGUAGUGAACACACUUAGAAAAACCAUGAUGAUAAAUGCUCUACAAACAGGCAGCCAGCAGCUUGACAUUCUAAAUGUCCCUGGUAGAGCAUUUAGCUAGCACCUUGCAGAAGGAAACAUACUUUCCUUUUAGUUGCAAAUGUGGCUAAGGAUAAAUUUUCCUUUGUGAACAAUGCAGAACAUAAAUCUGCUUAAAGAUCUUCAGGAUAGCCAGGAAGAAACAAAAGCAGCUGGCGUAUCCUCUCGGAUUUCCUGCCUUAGUGGGCAAAGUCUCACCCUGUCUAACCAUUAACAUGACUCCAUUAGCAUGACUCCCUGCAGAGAAAGAUGUGGAGGGUCAGGGUGCCUACCAGGAACCUUGGCUGCAGGCUAAAGGGCAAAGAUCACACCGCCUCUUAUUCCCAGGCUCCUAAUGUUUGUUAUUGAUGCUUCUCAUCACCUGCGGCUCUUGGACAGUUCAAAGCUGAGGUGUAGCAGCAAGAAUAUGGUAAAAGAUGAAAAACUAAGGCAGAGAAUCGACUUCACUGGCCCCUUGCAAGGUGUGAAGUUAGAGGCAGGGGGACACUUGGGGAAGGUAUCUCUGUUUCUGCAUUCAGCAUUUCUCCUCUUGUGUGAACUUGGAGAUGGCAAUGGGAACAAAGCUUGUGGACAAAUAGGGAGCACUGAGAAGUCAAAUCGAGCCCCCCACGUCUCUGUCUGUCUUCCCCUCUCCUCCCCCUUCUCUCCCCUGCUUGCCCUCUCUUCCCAGCUCUCCUCCUUUCUCCUCUCCCGUCCUUCCCCACCCAUCCCUUCAGACUAGCUCCCAAUAAACCAUGCUGUCAUUCUGUGCCACAGUUUUCUGGGGUGUACACAGAUUUCUUUUUCCUAACGUUUGCUGUCUUCCCAAGGGAAUUAUUCAAAAGACUUGAACAUUUACUUCUGAAACACUUGGAGCUGUCUAAAGCCAGUCAAACCAAAAUGAAAUCCUGGUUUUUCAAUGAAUCUGUUUGUAGAUUAACCAUGCUUGAAGACAAAUAUUAUCAAGAACUGCUUUAUCAAAGGAGAAGGGAACUAAGACCAAAUACUUAGGGCCUAACCUGUUCUAACCAGAAUUCCUGAAUGUGUUUUACAAGAAAAAUUUCAUGUUAAAUUAUUAGGGGCCCAGGACCCAUGAUCCUUGGCAAAGUUUUGCCCCUUUUGGAAGUUCGUGGGAGAACACUGGUGUAAAGCUCAGGGCUAAUUAGCCUUGAGUCCACUGCCUUAGACCAUUCUGGCUGCUAUAACAAAUUACCAUAGACUGGGUGGUUUAUGAAUGACAAAUAGUUCUGGAGGCUGGAAGGCUGAGAUCAGGGUGCCAGCAGAGCUAGGUGGCGAGGGCACCCUGUGUUGUAGAAUUUUCAUUUUAUCCACAUGGUGGAAAGAAUAAGGGAGCUCUGUAGGGUCUCCUUUAUGAAGAUCACUAAUCUCAUUCUAAUCACCUCCCAAAGGCCCCAUGUCCUAAUACCAACACCUCAGGGGUUAGGAUUCAACAUAUGAAUUUGUGGGGGGACAUAAUUCAGAUCAUAGUGCCCACAAACCUGAGUUACCAUAGAUACAUUUUAAAACCAUGCCUGUCUUUUAUCAGAACUGGCAUGUGAGUUACAAUUUGUUUUAUAGCAGACACUAAAAUACUCACAAUUUUUAAAGCUUUGAAACAAUGGAGACAGUUAAUUAUCAGCUCAGUGCCUGACUGUGCCCUGUAACUGGUGGAGUGGCGGGAUGGAGAGGCGGCACAUGUGGCCUUCUGUUUGUACUUUUGUUGUGACAUAAAAUACUGUGGCUGCUAAAUUAUUCCACAGACUGGCUGCAGGAUGGCAUAAAAGACUUGCUUUCUUGUACAAGAUGCUGUCAGCGCUGCUAACGAUAUCAGUAAACGGGCACUUUAUUUUGACAACCAAAAUCACUCUAGCACCAUUUGGUCCCUGCCCAGUGGAAUGCAUAGCUGCUAGAAGAUUCUAGCCAUGGUUACCUGGGUCAUAGCACACCGCAGCAUACCAGACAGCCCCUUGCCAACACACGCAACAGGUGUAAAGGGUCGGGGCAGCCAGGGCCUGUAUUACGGCAUUCCGAAGCCCUUUUUCCCUCUAUAAGAUGGUGGCUAUGCCAUGUGAUGAACACAAAAGGCUCUUCCUUCACCAAAACCGGAGAACCCAACAGGCCUAAAGAAAUAGGCAGCAAUCUAUCCCAAACUCCCAUAUAUAAAGUAAUGAAGGAACUGCUUCCAUACCACCCUAGUCGAGCCUCAGCUGAAAGCCUCCAGGGGUGCAGAACCCCCCCAUCUGCUGCUCCAUGGGAAUCCCGCCACUAAACCUUCCAUCUGCGGACUUCAUUAACUGUUAGAAUACCUUUCCUUGCCUUAAGUUGAAAUUGGCUGUGUUUUUGACCUAUUUGUCAAAGCUUUACAGAUAUACCUAAAUGUCCACUCAAGCUUUGAUGAUGUCCCCACCCAGCUUUCUCUUUUCCAGGUAAGACAUCCUUACUUCUUAUCAGUUCACGUCACACUGUACUGACACUGUUAACCUGCUGGGUGAACCUGCUCUGUCACGGUCUGCUCUCACUGUCACUGUCCUCAAGUGGAGCCAGCCAUGCAGGGAACGGUGAGGCCACUGCCCCCUAUGCCCUACCACUGGACUCCAGGCUUGCAGCCAUUCCUUCGGGCCAACUGGUAGUCAGGUAUGAGGAUCCUAGCCCCAUUUUCACUUUGUGUGGCCUUGAACAACUCAUUUGUCCUCCCUGGAAAUUCAUCUUCUCAAUAGUAAAAAUGAAGGGGCUGCAUUAUUUUACAUUCUGUGAUUCAUUCCAUGCUUUCUGGGUGGUCAGUACAACAUGUAGAUUUAUCUUGCAAAGAGAGCACAUUAGCCUAUCAUCACUGUCACAGAACUAGGUUUCUGUCCCCCAGAUGCCCCAAGGGACAACAGGCCCCAGGGAUGGAGAGGGAACAGAGCAUUUGGGUAGGUACUAGCAGGGAGAAGGGUCAGGAAGAUAGACAGUCACCCAUGAAGGGAAAAUCCAGAGGCCCAGGGAGUGUUUGUAGCCUGGCGGAAGCAGCCAUAAUGACCUGGGGUGGGGUGCUGGAGAAUGAAUUCUGAGAAGACAAAUUAAAUGGACUUUUUAAUUUUGCCGAGUUAGUCUAGUACUCAAUUGGCUAUGCACUCGUACAGCACAAUGAAACAGGAGUUCUUCUUUGGAAAACAUAUCGGCAUGGUGAGCUCAGUUAUCCAGAGGCCACUUAAUUCAGUUUGUGAGUUAUAGAAGCCCCUCCGUUUUUACUCCUUACACAAGAAAUCUAGCCAAACUACAGCUUCCAAACAGGACCACCUGAGGCAGGGAGAGGAGUGAGAUUAAAAAUGAACAAACGGAGCUUGCAGCUCUUGAUAACAGACGAUUAGCUCCUACCAGACUAACCCUCCUGCAGAUCACCGCUAUAAACUCUCUACCAGAUUCAAAGAAACAACUGCCCGCAGGCACCAAAGCAGGUCUGCAUUGGAGCCCAAGCGAAUCCACACUUGGAAAGAAGAAAAAGCCCUGGUGAGUCUUCCUGUGCUUACAGCUUUCAUCUGAGGGCAGACCCCAGUCAGGCCAGGUAAGAGCUGACACUCAGCCAGAAAACCUGUCGGCAGGUGGGCUCCAAGACACCGCAGAGUUUGGGGCGGCCCCAGUAAGGGCAAUUCCCAGCAAGGACAGAGCCAGACAGUCUGAAAUGCUCAGUAUAAAGUCUCUUCGUGACACUGGCUGAUCCCUAACCAACACGUGUUCCCCAGAAGCCAAGCAUUGAAGGCCAGCAACUGAACUGAGAAUUCUGUUGUCCACCCAGGGGAAGCAUCUGUAGCCAGCCACACCUGCCAGUGGCUAGACAAACCAACGAAAAGGCUCUUCGUAAAAACAUAACUCUGCAAAGUAAGUAGAAGGGAGGAAAUCAACAAAAUGGAAAAAAACAAAACAAAACAGAAUAAGCCCCAAAGUUGGUUCUUUAAAAAGAUCAGUAAAGUUGAUAGAUACCUAGGCAGGCUGUUCAAGAAAGACAGAGCACAAAUGACAGAAAGACUAGAAUCUAGGAUGUAUAUAUUUGUAGAUAAAUAUAAAUUAAAAUUAAAUGUCAAUUAUAUUUUAAUAUACAAAUUGUAUAAAGUCUAUGCUAUAAAUGGAAAUAUAUGUAAAAUAUAUAUAAAUAUAUACCCUUAAACCCUAGAUUGUCAGGUAAAAAAAUAGGCAAUUUAUGUAAAUAUACAUAUUCAAAACUUUUAUGACUCAGUAAUAAAAUUGUAAGACACAUAUUAAAAAACAAAGGCAAAAAGUUUGAACAGAAACUUAACAAAGGAAGACAUACGCAUGGCCAAGCAUAGGGAAAGGUGCUCAGUAAAAUUGUCAGGGAAGUGAGAGCUGAAACCAAUCACAAAAUGUCAUACUCCACAGACCCACUAGAGUAUUUAUAAUUUUUUUAACUGACCCAUGUUGAUGAGGAUGUGGAGCAAUUGGAACUCUCGUGUAUCAGAAGGAGAGUUAAAUAUUACAACCACUUUUGGAAAAAGUUCUGGCAGUUCCAUAUAAAAGUAACCUACUGAACUACCCUACUUUCUGACCUAGCAUUUCACUCUUAGAAUCUGAAAGCAUGUGUCCUCAAAAGAUGUAUACAAGAGUACACAUCCACAGUGUUCACAGCAGCUUUAAUCACAUGAGCCAGGAAAUAGAACAGUCCCGGCGUCCGUCAGCGUCCGUCAGCACGUGAAUGGUUAAACAACCGUGGAAUAGUCAUACAAUAAAAUACGACUUAGCAAUACAAGUGAAUGAACCUCUGAUAUAUGAAACAACAUGGUUGAAUCUCAAAAGCAUGAAGCUGAGUGUAGAAGUCUUGCACAAAGAAGUACAUGCUAUAUGAAAUUCUUGAACAGGUAAAUUAAGCUAUGGUGAAAAAUACCAGAACAGUGUUUGACUUUAGGGGAAUGGGUGGUGAUCCUUGACUGGGAAGGGACAUGAGUGAAUUUUCUGGGCUGAUAGGAAGCCACCAUGUCUUGAUAGGGGUUUGCUAUAAGAAAGCAUAUAAGGUGAAUGCUUCUGUCAAACUCAUUAAAUGGUACAUAAAGACUUACUACCUUUCACCAUAUGUAUAUUUUACUGAAAAGAAAGAGAAUCCUUUAAAAAUACUGAACUUCAGCUACUGAUAUGUGUAGUGCACUUGUGUAUUUGAGGGUGAAAUGCACUGAAAUCUGCAACUUUAAGAAAUAAAAAAAAAACCAAGAGAUUGAUGGAUAGAU